UCCAGACUAAAAACACUGUGUGUGUAUGUGUGCGCAUGUGAUUGGCUCGCAUUAAUCAAGUCCUGGCCUACUGAGAUUGUAUACUAUUAAGUUUAAAAUAAAAUUAAUAAGAACUCACUGAGGAAAUUGAGAGUUGUGCAAGUGCCAUAUCGAUAUGUCUAUUUAUUUCUGUAUGAGCAGAUGAGUGUUUAAUCAGAACAAUCUCUCUUCUGGGUUUGGUUGUUUGGUGUGAAAGAAAACAAAAGAGAACAUGGCAGAAGGAAAAUCCAUUAGCUUGGAGGAAAUCAAGAAGGAAAAUAUCGACCUGGAGCGUAUCCCAGUGCUGGAAGUAUUUGAGCAACUGCAAUGCACAAAAGAAGGUUUGUCCACCGAGGAAGGGCAGAAGAGGCUUCAGGUCUUUGGCCCAAACAAGCUGGAAGAAAAGACGGAAAACAAGUAUCUGAAGUUCUUGGGUUUUAUGUGGAAUCCCCUAUCAUGGGUGAUGGAGCUUGCAGCUAUCAUGGCCAUUGCCAUGGCAAACGGAGGGGGAAGACCACCAGACUGGCCAGACUUUGUGGGAAUUACUGCAUUGUUAAUUAUCAACUCAACGAUAAGCUUUAUAGAAGAAGACAAUGCAGGCAAUGCUGCAGCAGCACUUAUGGCUGGUCUUGCACCAAAAUCUAAGGUUCUGAGAGAUGGAAGAUGGUGUGAGCUAGAGGCUGCAAUCUUGGUACCAGGAGAUGUGAUCAGUAUUAAGUUGGGAGAUAUUAUCCCAGCCGAUGCUCGUCUCUUGGAUGGCGAUCCUCUCAAGAUCGAUCAGUCAGCCCUAACUGGUGAGUCUUUGCCAGUGACAAGGCACCCCGGUGAUGAAGCUUUUUCGGGUUCCACCGUCAAGCAAGGUGAAAUUGAGGCAGUCGUAAUUGCCACUGGGGUUCAUACCUUCUUUGGGAAGGCUGCUCACCUGGUUGACAGCACCAAACAAGUAGGCCACUUCCAAAAGGUUUUAACUGCCAUUGGAAACUUCUGCAUAUGCUCCAUCGCCAUUGGAAUGAUAAUAGAGAUAGUAGUUAUGUAUCCAAUUCAGCACAGGAAGUACAGGGAUGGGAUUGACAAUCUCCUUGUGCUUCUCAUUGGAGGGAUUCCAAUUGCUAUGCCAACAGUGUUGUCAGUUACAAUGGCUAUUGGUUCCCAUCGGCUGUCACAGCAAGGCGCCAUCACGAAGAGGAUGACAGCCAUUGAGGAGAUGGCUGGAAUGGAUGUCCUCUGCAGUGACAAGACUGGGACUCUUACACUCAACAAGCUUACAGUAGACAAGACCAUGGUUGAGGUGUUUGUAAAGGAUGUGGACAAGGAUGGUCUAAUUUUGCUCGGAGCCAGGGCUUCGAGGGUUGAGAAUCAGGAUGCUAUCGAUACUUGUAUCGUUGGAAUGUUGGGUGACCCCAAGGAGGCCAGAGAAGGAAUAACUGAGGUCCAUUUCUUACCCUUUAAUCCAGUGGAGAAGCGUACAGCCAUAACAUAUAUCGACUCCGAAGGCAAUUGGCACCGGGUUAGCAAAGGUGCACCAGAGCAGAUCAUUGAGCUCUGCAACCUAAAAGGUGAUCCUAUGAAGAAAGCACAUGCUAUCAUUGACAAGUUUGCAGAUCGUGGUCUUCGCUCUCUUGCUGUUGCUAGACAGACUGUGCCCGAGAAAAGCAAAGAGAGUCCUGGAACGCCAUGGCAAUUUGUGGGUCUCUUGCCUCUCUUUGAUCCUCCAAGGCAUGACAGUGCAGAGACCAUUCGUCGAGCCCUUAACCUCGGUGUCAACGUUAAGAUGAUCACUGGUGACCAGCUAGCCAUUGGUAAGGAGACCGGUCGCAGACUUGGCAUGGGAACCAACAUGUAUCCUUCUUCUUCCCUCCUUGGUGAAACCAAGGAUGAGUCUAUUGCUGCCCUCCCUGUCGAUGAGCUUAUUGAAAAGGCUGAUGGCUUUGCCGGUGUCUUCCCAGAGCAUAAAUAUGAAAUUGUCAGGAGGCUGCAAGAGAAGAAGCAUAUUUGUGGCAUGACUGGAGAUGGUGUAAAUGAUGCUCCAGCUCUGAAGAGGGCAGAUAUCGGAAUUGCAGUGGACGAUGCAACCGAUGCAGCUCGGAGUGCAUCUGAUAUUGUCCUCACAGAGCCAGGACUGUCUGUGAUUAUCAGUGCUGUAUUGACAAGUAGAGCCAUUUUUCAGAGAAUGAAGAACUACACCAUCUAUGCCGUUUCGAUAACAAUCCGUGUUGUGCUUGGUUUUAUGCUCCUUGCCCUUAUCUGGAAGUUUGAUUUCUCACCUUUCAUGGUUCUGGUUAUUGCUAUACUCAAUGAUGGAACAAUCAUGACUAUUUCUAAAGACAGGGUGAAGCCAUCUCCUCUUCCAGACUCAUGGAAGUUAAAGGAGAUCUUUGCCACUGGAGUGGUUCUUGGCACCUACCUGGCUGUCAUGACUGUUGUUUUCUUCUGGGCUGCUAAUGACUCUGACUUUUUCACAGACAAAUUUGGGGUAAGAUCUAUCAGAGGAAAUGAUCCUGAGCUUACAGCAGCUGUCUACCUUCAAGUGAGUAUUGUCAGCCAGGCACUUAUCUUUGUUACUCGGUCCCAAGGCUGGUCUUAUAUCGAACGCCCCGGUCUCAUGCUUGUGGGAGCCUUUCUCAUAGCACAGCUGAUUGCUACAAUCAUUGCUGUUUAUGCACACUGGGGCUUUGCAAGAAUCCAUGGUAUUGGAUGGGGAUGGGCUGGUGUGAUCUGGCUCUACAGCAUUGUCUUCUACAUACCUCUGGACAUUCUUAAAUUCAUUAUUCGAUACGCAUUGAGCGGCAAGGCCUGGGAUAAUGUACUUGAGAGAAAGACUGCUUUCACAACAAAGAAGGAUUAUGGAAGGGGUGAGAGGGAGGCACAAUGGGCUACCGCUCAACGAACCCUGCAUGGCCUGCAGUCUGCCGAGACAGCUGAGCUUUUCAGUGACAAGAACAACUACAGAGAGUUGUCUGAAAUUGCCGAACAAGCGAAGAGGCGAGCUGAAGUUGCUAGGUUGAGGGAGCUUCAUACACUCAAGGGGCACGUCGAAUCAGUUGUCAAACUCAAAGGACUUGACAUCGAUACCAUUCAACAACACUAUACUGUUUGAGUGAGUGACAUGAAAUUUUGGCAAAGUGAGUCUGGAGAGGGACAAAAGACAACUAGCACAAGGCAUGAGAAUUUAGCGUUCAUCCUUUAAGGAAAACCAAAAAAAUAAAAAAAUUUAUUCUAUCUUCAUUUGAUGUUGUAGAAGGAUGAAGGGGUUGGGAAUAAUCCAACGUGGGAGUUGUCUUAGACAACCUAAGGUUGGAAAUAGAUAUCAGGAGAGGUUGAAUAUGCUAUUCUGUACGAAUUAAAUAAUUAGUUCAUUUUCAAUGAUAAUUCUCUAUAUUUGCUUCUA